AUGGAAACAAGCUCUUUUGACCGCCGUGGCGUGUCCGCCUGUUGGCGCCCGCCACUAGCCCGCCCGGCUUUAUUUCCUUGGCGUCACCUGAAGUUGAAGCUGGGCUGGCGACAGAACGACAGCACACGCCUGUUGUUGAAUGAAGCUAGUUAUGCUUCUCGGGUUUCUCCAACGCCCUCCUCAUGCGGAACGCCCAAACCCAAAAGUCAAGACCCCUGGGUCCUGGCAGCACCAUUCGUCUUCUCGUCCCAUCCACUGACAGGUCUACUGCACGUCGUCCACUACCAUCCGCUCCCACCCCACCACCAGCGCCGCAGCACUUCCUGUCUCUCACUCUCUGUCUUGAUCUUGCUUCCACCGCGCAUUUCCAUCCGAAAGAAGGCGCCGGCAAGUAAGCGAGAAACGCCAGAAAUAGCACCCACUGCAGUCGGCCUGCAGUUCGGACACGCCUCCGUCACCACCACCAGCAAGACAGGCGGACGCAAACAACCGCAACAACACGCACUCUCUGCCCUGAACACCAUCCCCCUGCCUACCCUUGUUCGCGGCGCCGUCCAGCUCCACACGUCACCGUGCCGGGCGACCCCUGGCUCAACCUCAUUGAAAUUGCGUCCAUGCAGACCAGGUCCCUAG